CGGGCCUCACUUUGGGUCAGCCGGAGUGUGUGCACAACUUAGAAGGACUGAGGAUCACGUCAAGCCGCUCCGAACAUGGCCGCUGUUCAUCGCCUGGUGAUCGUCCGCCACGGGGAGAGCGCCUGGAACCAAGAGAACCGCUUCUGCGGCUGGUUCGACGCCGAUCUCAGCGAGAAGGGCGUGGAGGAGGCGACGCGAGGAGCCAAGGCGAUCAAAGACGCCGGCAUGAAGUUCGACGUCUGCUACACCUCUGUGCUCAAACGUGCAGUCAAGACCUUGUGGACCAUCAUGGAGGGCACGGACCAGAUGUGGCUGCCCGUGAUCCGUACGUGGCGCCUCAACGAGCGCCACUACGGGGGCCUCACCGGUCUCAACAAGGCCGAGACAGCCGCCAAACAUGGCGAGGAGCAGGUGAAGAUCUGGCGUCGUUCCUUCGACAUCCCACCUCCACCCAUGGAUAAGGACCACCCUUACCACUCCAUCAUCAGCGAGUCCAGACGCUACAAGAACCUGAAGCCUGGCGAGCUGCCGACGUGCGAGUCGCUGAAGGACACCAUUGCCCGUGCGCUGCCUUUCUGGAACGACGUCAUCGUGCCUGAAAUCAAAGCCGGAAAAAACGUUAUCAUCGCGGCCCACGGCAACAGCUUGCGGGGAAUCGUCAAGCACCUUGAAGGUAUGUCUGACGCCGCCAUCAUGGAGCUCAACCUUCCCACGGGAAUUCCCAUCGUGUAUGAGCUGGAUGCGAACCUGAAGCCCGUGAAGCCCAUGUCCUUCUUGGGCGACGAGGAGACCGUGAGGAAGGCCAUGGAGGCCGUGGCUGCCCAGGGCAAAGUGAAGAAGUGAGAGCUAUGCUGAGAGUGAGAGGCAGACAAACAGAGAUGUUCCCAUUCGAACAUCCAUCCCUCUUUGUAUUCCAUUUCAACAUGGGGACACUUGGGUCUUGAUAUGGACGA